AUGAUUCUAUACUCUUCUUCUUCUUCUUCUUCAAUCUCACACAAAGCUAGCCAUAACUUCUUGGUCUCAUCAUCCAUUGCCUCAGCUUUCAAUGCUUUGAAGAACUCCAAACGGUUUAUCUUUUGUGUUUCAAAGAGAAAUGUGGGUAAUGGGGUUGUGGUUUUAGCUUCAAAGGAAGCUCAUAACAGACCCACAUUGGAAAUUGUGUUUGACCCUUUCGAAGAGGUGAAGAAGGAGCUCCUCUUGGCCCCUACUGUCCCUUACGCAUCGCUCCCUCGCCAAAAGUACACGAACCAGUCUGAAGCAGCCAUCAAUGAGCAGAUCAACGUGGAAUACAAUGUCUCCUAUGUGUACAAUGCAAUGUAUGCCCACCACUGGCAUCCUAUGAUGAAGGAUAUAGCAUAA